AUGGAAAGAGAAUGGAAACCAAACGUUGAGAUAUCCCCAAACUGCCCCCGAUGUGGUUCUUGCAACACCAAAUUCUGCUACUACAACAACUACAGCUUGACACAGCCGAGGUACUUCUGCAAGGGCUGUAGAAGGUACUGGACCAAAGGCGGAUCGUUACGGAAUGUGCCCGUCGGCGGCGGCUGCCGGAAAAACAGACGGGGCGCGGGGAAGCUGUUAAGAAGUAGUGUGGCUAAUGGGAAGCUUCCAAAUAACCCAAUGGGGAAUUCAUUGGCUGGAACAUCUACUACCUCCACAAUCAUGCCUGAUGGCUCACACAUUGAUCUUGCACUUGUCUAUGCAAACUUCUUGAGCCAAAAGCUGGAUUCAAAGAUGGCGCCGUUCGAGUUGCCGGAAUUGCCGGCCAAUUUUGUGAGCUCUGGUGCUGAUCAAUUGGUGGAGGAAAAUAGUUUUUUUGGAUGCCACAAUCUUUCUGAAUUGGCAGGGGAAAUUUGUCCAGAUGCUAGUGACUACCAGAUGUGUUUGAGUGGAUCUGAUUCAAUCCAGAAGCAGCAAGAUAGAAGAGGGUAUGACUCAUCAAGCAAUUACUAUGCAUUGCCACCAUUGCCGGGAGAAGACAUAGCCACCUCUGAUCAAGAAGUGGUGUGGUCGUGUUCUCAGGCAAUGAUGGUGAAUCAUGGCUUUCAAGGAACACAGCUGCCAAUUGGACAAGAAGCUGAAGAUCCCAAUUCGUUGAUUUCUAAUUGGAGCCUGUUCGAUUUGUCAAGUGAUCAUGAUACUUUCUCAAGAACAUGA